AUGAAGUUCACAAGCACACUCACCGCAGCGAUCUCGUCGUUGUUGUUUGCCGGCAUCUCACACGCCGCAGACUUCCCCACCGUCGAAGUUGUCGGAAACAAGUUCUUCUACUCCAACAACGGCUCCCAGUUUUACAUCAGGGGUGUCGCGUACCAGCAGAACACGGCCAACCUGUCCUCGGAUGCCUCUUACGUCGACCCGUUGAUUGAUGAAGACGCGUGUAAGAGAGACAUUCCUUACUUGACCCAGUUGAACACAAACGUCCUCAGAAUCUACGCCCUCAAUGCCACGGGGAACCACGAUGCCUGCAUGGAGGCACUUCAGGACGCAGGCAUCUACGUCAUUGCCGAUUUGUCUGCUCCAAAAGAAUCUAUCAUCACUGACAACCCAGAGUGGACUACUGAGUUGUACGAAAGAUACACCUCCGUCAUUGACAUGAUGCAAGGCUACGAUAACGUUCUUGGUUUCUUCGCCGGUAACGAAGUCGUCACAAACUCUACCAACAGUGACUCUGCUCCAUUUGUUAAGGCCGCCAUCAGAGACAUGAAGGCCUACAUCUCUGACAAGGGUUACAGAGACAUCCCUGUCGGUUACUCUGCUAACGACGACUCUCAUACUAGAGCCUCCUCCGCCGACUUCUUUGCAUGUGGUGAAAAUGACGUCAAGGCCGACUUCUAUGGUAUCAACAUGUACGAGUGGUGUGGUGACGCCAGCUUCUCCUCCUCUGGUUACGAGGACAGAACCAAGGAAUUUUCCAAUUUAACCAUUCCAAUUUUUUUCUCUGAAUACGGUUGUAACUCCGAACACCCAAGAAAGUUCACCGAAGUUGGCACGCUUUUCUCCGACAAGAUGACUGACGUCUGGUCUGGUGGUAUUGUCUACAUGUAUUUCGAAGAAGAAAACAACUAUGGUUUAAUAUCUCUCAAGGGUAACUCCGUAUCCACUUUGGGCGACUUCACCAACUUGAAGAGCGAAAUGAAUGCUAUUCACCCAAGCAGUGCAACGGUUUCUCAAGCUUCUGCUAGUGCUCACCAACUGAAAUGUCCAGUUACCGGUGGUAACUGGAUUGCUGCCACCGCUUUGCCACCAACCCCAGAGCAGGACGUUUGUGACUGUAUUUCAAAGGCUUCCCUUUGUGUCGUUGACGACGAUGUUGAUGACGAUGAUUACGCUGAUUUGUUUGGUACCGUCUGUAACUACAUCUCUUGCGACGACAUCAAUGCUGAUGGUUCUGAGGGUGAUUACGGUCCUUACUCAUUCUGCUCUUCAAAAGAAAAGCUGAACUACGUUUUGAACAAGUACUACGAAGACCAAGGAAAGAAGAGUUCUGCAUGCGACUUUUCUGGUUCUGCUACUGUUGUCUCUGCAUCUUCUGCUUCCACUUGUUCUUCUGUUCUCAAGAAUGCUUCUGCUAGUGGAGGUGCUUCUGGCGGUGGAAAGAGCAAGCAGGCAACUGCAACUUCUGACGGACAGACCGGUAAGAGUACCAAAACUGCCAAGAAGGAUGAUAGCAGCAAGGACGAAUCUUCUUCUCAGACCUCAGCUGUUUCAAGCAUCAGCUCUUCCUCCAAGGCUGGCGCAUCUGGCCUUGAAACUCCUUUCCGUUCUCUAGGUCUUUCAUCUGCAUACAUUGUGACAUUGGUUGCUUCCGUGACCCUCGGAGGUAUAACCAUGAUUCUAGUCUAA